AUGACCACCCUCGAAGACCCCACAAACUCCACGCGCCCAACCCCAGGCAUCGCCGUCGCAGAUGCAGUCUUCCAAAUAGGCAGCUCCAUCUUCAUCGCUGCACCAUCCACACGGGUUUGGGAAGUCCUGACCGACACAUCAACAUGGCCAGAAUGGAAUACGUUUAUCCCGCGCGCGACUAUCCGCGAACAAGCAGACAGCCAGAGCUCUGAUCCAGCUACACUCUCCCCACUGCUGCGCAAGGGCACCAGAGUUACUUUCCACGUCCGCAUGGAUUCUACCGCGACGAAGCCCCAGGCUGCGCAGGAUGUGUACCUCCUCAUCACUGAAUAUACUGCGCCAAAUCCAGAGACGAAGACGCCUGGGCGAAUCGUGUGGGUUGUGGAUCGGGAGGCGCCGGGCGCGAUGCCCCCUUCUCUGUUGAAUGCGGAGCGGGUACACGAGAUUACUGAUGUGGAGAUUGGGGAGGGCGAUAAUUUGAUCAAGGGUACGGAGGUGCGGAAUUGGGAGUUGCAGGCUGGGUGGCUGGUUUAUGCUGUCAAGUGGAUGUAUGGAGCGAAGUUGCGACAGAACUUUGAGUUGUGGGUUAGUGAUUUGAAGAAGUUUGUUGAAGGGAAGGAGAGUGGGUCGAACUAG